GGCCUGGGUACUUACCAGCAGUCUUUCCCGGGAAGUUGUCGCGUAAUGGUGUCGCCUAGCAAGCUAUUGGAGCCACCGCUGAACCGGAUGCCCUGCAGUGUCCUGCACAGUCGUCCGGGUCAGAGCUGCACCCAGGCUUUUCUGUGGAACCUGUACCGCAACCAUGUGUCCAGCGGGAAAUACUAUCUACCCCUACUGCUGGUCUGUUCCCCUUGGCUCUGAAAUGGCGACGCCUUACAAAUAGAAAGGCCACAAUGCCAGUGGUUUGGAACUAUCUGCAAGCCACCAGUUUUGCUUCCUUCAUCAAUGCCACCACAUUUUAUCUGAUGUGUAUGGCCCGGCGAUACAAUAGUCGUUUUAUGUUUAUUUUCACCCCUUACCUGUCCUGCUGGCUGGCCUCCCAACUUAGCUGGUGGAUGCCACCCCAGGUGCUCCUCUACUUUGUGAGUGGUAUCACCCAUGCCGCCUUGGAAACGCUGAUGCGUUACUUUAAUGUGCCCUUAGUGCACUCUCGUUUGGACCAAACACUUGUGUUUAUGAUCUGUUCCCUAAUUGCGAUUCAUUAUCAACAAGCAAAUAAAUACUCUGGUUUCUGGUUCAUACGCCCUGUUCCUUUGCACAAAGAUUACCAAAAAUGGACGAUGAUACAACGACUAAGAGACAGUCUUAAGGAAAUAAGUACUUAUAUGGGUGUUGGUCUGGUACUAGAUCUUGUGAAUCCCAUUCGAAAAAGGAGCCUCAAAAGUCUACGUCUCAAAUCCACAACCUUUUUGGUCGGCUAUAUUGGGAUAUUUAAGUUGCUGCAAUCUUUGUUUUUAGGAAGAUUUAAUUUAAAACAUUCCAAUGCCUUUGCGGCUUUCCUAAGUGGGUCUGCCUUUGCUUCUUUAAAUCGUCUGACAUUUAUGUGCUUUGCCGUGGUCACUGCCAGCCAGGUUAUUUGGCUUCAGGUAUGCUCCAAGGACCCCAAACAGGACACCCGACUGGCAACUAUUCAAAGGAUACCCUGGUCCAAGCUACUGAUACCCUGCUGUCUGGCCUAUCUGGUGCACAUUUUCUUCUUCCAUUCUCACCACCUGAACGAUCUGGCCAGGGACUUUAUUGACUUCACCUGCGAUAAGAAUGGCCAACGACUAUUGGAUUUAAUGAAACUGCCAGAUGUAAACAUGAUAAUGACAAAAGUUAAUAGCUCGCCAAAAACCUCAUUUUGGUAUUAAUCACAAAAAGGAUGAAUUUGUUAAAGAAAUAAAAUAAAUCAAAUGUAUAUAUUGUCACAUUAAACUAAAUAAAUCGUCAACAAACAA